UUUCUCUGCAAGAGGGAGAGAGAUUGACUGUAACUUGUCACUGACACUGGACCAGUUGUCAAUUUGGCCUACAUGCAUUUUCCGAGAGUACAAAAAGGAAAUCUUUACUUGAGGGAGUAUCAAGAUCUGCGUUUCAUUAGAUUGAAAGAAGCAGGAAAUGGAAUCCCUGUUUCUCGUGCAUUCCGCCAGGCCAUUUUCAUCUCCAUCACUUCCGUUAUCAUCCGACUUCUCUCGAACACCAUCAAUAUCAGGAUGCAGAACUUUGAAAAUCAGGCAAAAAUCCUCGGAUGAUUUGUUACCACAAAAGCAACUUCUAAUAAGCCAUGUUGCAAGAGUUUAUGGAACAUCUCUAGCCUCUCGGAAACAUGAUAAUAAAUAUCUGGCAAGGGCAGCAGCUGAACAGCCUUUUGAAUCUGAUCCUGAGAUUUAUCAUCCCAAUGCCCCAAGGAAAUCUCUACAUGAUGCUCUAGAUGCUUUCUACAGGUUUUCAAGGCCUCAUACAGUUAUAGGAACAGCACUGAGCAUAGUCUCGGUCUCUCUCCUUGCUGCGGAGAAGCUGUCAGAUAUUUCUCAAUUAGCAUUUUUCACUGGGGUGACUGAGGCCAUUGUUGCUGCCCUUUUUAUGAAUAUUUACAUUGUUGGUUUGAAUCAGUUGUCUGAUAUAGAAAUAGACAAGGUUAACAAACCAUAUCUUCCAUUGGCAUCGGGUGAAUAUUCCGUCAGAAGUGGUGUUAUUAUUGUUUCAUCCUUUGCUCUUAUGAGUUUCUUGCUUGGAGGGGUUGUUGGUUCAUGGCCACUAUUUGGGGCUCUUUUCAUCAGCUUCAUACUUGGAACUGCCUAUUCAGUUGAUUUGCCAUUUCUGAGAUGGAAGAGAUUUGCUGUUGUUGCAGCAAUGUGCAUCCUUGCUGUACGUGCAGUGAUCGUUCAAAUGGCAUUUUACCUGCACAUUCAGACAUUUGUUUUUCAAAGACCAGCAGUAUUUUCAAGGCCUCUGAUAUUUGCUACAGCAUUCAUGAGUUUCUUCUCCGUUGUUAUAGCAUUAUUCAAGGAUAUACCUGAUAUUCAAGGAGACAAGAUAUUUGGCAUUCGAUCCUUCAGUGUCAGAUUGGGUCAAGAACGGGUUUUCUGGAUUUGUAUCACAUUGCUUGAAAUGGCUUAUGGUGUUGCCAUCUUAGUUGGAGCAUCCUCUUCCUGCCUUUGGAGCAAAUACAUCACAGUAUUGGGUCAUAUAAUCUUGGGUACACUGCUCUGGAUUCGUGCGAGAUCUAUUGACUUCAAUGACAAAAAUUCAAUAACAUCCUUUUAUAUGUUCAUAUGGAAGCUCUUUUAUGCGGAAUACUUGCUAAUACCUCUGGUUCGGUGAAUAUGGUGUUUAGUUUUAAUUGUGGGCAGUUGCUACUAUAGUUGUUUGAAGGCAUUUGAAGGCAGAUUUUCCAAUUACUGGUUGCACUAGGCAUUAUCUAUUGAACCCUUUCUCUUGGAUCAAGAUUGAUGGCUGUGUUAUCUAUGUGUAUCAAAUUUUAGUUUCUAAUACUAUGUGCAUUAUGAUAAUACCUGUUAUUAUA